CAAAACAUUGAUACGCGUGUUUUACCGAAAAUAAAUCCAAUUAAUGGUAUUAAGCAACAAAUUAACUUGCCCAAAUACUAUUAUUUCAUUUAUAUAACAUUCUCAAUUUGUUGUAUAACUAGAUGUGCCUUAAGUGACUUGUAAAACAACGAUACUAAGAUAACCUAAACGAAUCCAAUUUGAAUAGCAAUUUUUUGGCUCAAAAUACAUUUAUUACUCGAUAAAUAAUACAAAAUGCGAUACGCACAGCUAGUAGUUGGGCCUGCGGGUAGCGGCAAGUCUACCUAUUGUUCUACAAUGGUUAAACACGCUGCAGACUCCAAAAGGGUGGUGGAGGUAGUCAACUUGGAUCCGGCAGCAGAACAUUUUGACUAUGAACCUCUGGUGGACAUUCGGGAACUGAUUCAUUUGGAUGACGCUAUGGAAGAUGAGGAACUGCAGUUUGGACCCAACGGAGGCCUCGUGUUUUGUAUAGAGACACUCUUAGAAAACUGCGACUGGCUAGAGGAGCAGCUAGGAGACGUAGAUGACGACUACAUCCUGUUCGACUGCCCAGGCCAGAUCGAGCUGUACACGCACCUGCCUGUCAUGAGGAAGCUGGUUGAUCAGCUGCAACGGUGGAACUUUCGGCUCUGUGCUGUAUUUAUGGUCGAUUCUCAGUUCAUGGUUGAUGGGGCUAAGUUUUUAUCAGGAACAAUGGCUGCUCUCAGUGUGAUGGUAAACUUGGAGCUGCCGCACGUGAACAUCCUCACCAAGAUGGACCUGCUCAGCAGAACAGCGAGGAAACAGCUGGACAAUUAUCUCGACCCAGAUCCGCACAUCUUACUGGCUGACAUGAGAAACGCGAAAUCAAAAUGGCACGAGAAGUACGCGAAACUAACUGAAGCUAUCGGCGAGGUCAUAGAGAAUUUCAGCCUAGUUCGCUUCUACCCGCUAAACAUUAAGGAUGAGGAGAGUAUAGACAACAUACUCCUGACCAUAGAUAAUAUAAUACAGUACGGGGAAGACGCAGAUGUCAAGAUCAGAGAUUUCGAAGAGCCGGAGGAUGAGGAUGAUAGAGAUGAAUAAAGAGAUUUUUUAUGAUAA